AUGGCGGGGAUCGACACCGUGGAGGAGGACGAUGAGGUGGAGCUCGGCAACGCCUGUUCCCAGCAGAGGCGGACCAGCUCCGCCGCCACCGCUGACCCCGCCUGGGAUGAUCUGAUACCUAUUGGCAGCAAGCUGGGGAUCGAGCUGUACGCUGUCGAGAUCACCCCCGCUGGCGACCUCCUCGUGCUCGACUCCAUCAACAGCAACAUCUACAGGGUCCAGCUGCCGCUGUCACCAUGUCGGAAAGAAUUCACAAAACUUUCCACAUCAAUUUGGAUCUAUCAUCAUCAACAAGAGAAACAAAAUACGAGCUGGUGGAAGAGCAAAUCAAGCUCCUCUCUUGGCUUCGGGGCAUCCUGGAGCUUCUCCUGCCAAACAAAGCAAGAAAGCAGUGCCACCAUCUGCUCUACUGUAGCAUCCUUCAGAGCACCACUAAACAUAAGCUCCGUCAAUGCUUUCGUUGAGAAGAAGUUUGGUGGAAUGGUGCCUAAGAAGCCUCUGAUUUCAAAGGAUCAGGAGCGCGCCUAUUUCGAUUCUGCGGACUGGGUCCUUGGCAAGCAAGCUGCAAACAGCGGCAACGCACAGGCAGCUACUGCUAUCGAAUCCUUGAAGCCAAAGCUAAAGAGGACGCCCCAUCACCAGCUUCCCCCUCGCAAGCCGACCUGUGCUUCCAGCUGA